CAGAACGUUCCUCAAUGGAUGAUAACUCAGUUAGCUUCUUGGAAAGCAGGAGGUAUAGCAGUUUGUUUGAACCCGAUGCUUAAAGAACGCGAACUUACUUAUCAUAUCAAAGACAGCGGUCUUACUAUUCUUGUUUGUCUUGAAAGUCUUUAUGAGGAGGUUGUUUCAAAGAUCCGAAACCAAGUUCCUGUUCCUGUUGUAAUCACCACAAAUGAGUUAUUAUAUCUUUCGAAAAGGAUACCUGAUAUGCUUAAAGGAGUUGUUUCACGACGGUUUACUUCUUGUCACGACUAUUCUCAAUUGAUAAGAGUUCAUUCAGGUCAAAGUUUAUCUAUUCCUUCACUGAAUCUGGAUGAUACUGCUAUGCUUACCUAUACAUCUGGCACCACAGGAGUUCCAAAAGGAGCAUGCAAUACUCACAGAAAUAUUGUCUUUAACGGUCUUUCUGUGACAAACUGGGUACAUUUGGGAGACAAUGAUAUCGUUAUGGCUCCAGCACCCUUAUUUCAUAUAACUGGUAGUAUAACUGGACCAGCAGCGGGUUAUGCCUCUGGUUGUCCUGUCAUACUUUUUUGUCGUUUCGAUCCAUCAGAAUUCCUUCGUUUAAUAGAUCAUUGGAAGGUAACUUAUCUUGUGGGUGCUAUUACCGUGUUUAUUGCGGCUCUUAGUCAUCCAGACAUUCAAAAGUAUAACUUAUCAUCAGUUACUAAAAUGUACAGUGGAGGUGCUCCGGUUUCUGCUGCUAUUCAAAAGCAAGUGGAAAGGGCAUUUGGAAACAAGCUUUAUGUUGCAUAUGGACUUACCGAGUCUACUGCUCCUUGCACUGCAGUACCGCAUGGAGUGGAUGCUCCAGUAGAUCCUAAUUAUGGCGCAUUGUCAAUCGGUGUUCCAACUUGUAAUGUGGAUUGUCGAAUCGUUUCUGCAGAGACAGGAAAGGAUGUUCCCGAAGGAACUCCUGGAGAACUGUUGAUUAAAGGACCUCAAGUAGUCUCCGGAUACUGGAACAAACCAGAGGAAACUGCAAAGGCGAUAAAGAAUGGUUGGUUACAUACUGGGGAUGUAGCCAUUAUAGAUUCCAGAGGUUAUUUGUAUAUUGUAGACCGAAUCAAAGACAUGAUUAUCGCUUCCGGUUUUAAAGUGUAUCCUCGGGAAGUUGAAGAUGUGUUGUAUGAGCAUCGUGCUGUAAAGGAAGCUGCAGUUAUAGGAGUUCCAGACCCCUAUCGAGGGGAGACUGUGAAGGCAUUCGUUGCUCUCAAGGAGGGAAUGAAAGUUUCAGAAAAAGAACUAGUAGAAUUUUGCAAGAGGAAGCUCGCUGCCUAUAAGUAUCCAAGGCAGAUAGAGUUCCUUCCAGAAAUACCAAAAACUUUAAGUGGAAAGUUCCUUCGACGAGAACUGCGAGAUUUGGAACUUAAGCGCCAUCCGAAAGCUGGCGAUAAUAUUCCGAAUGGUACGAUACGUAGUAAAGCAUAAGAAUAGAAAGACAGCGUGAAAUAAAGUUUACCUUUAGGUGUCACUUCAAUUGCGAUCCUGCUCUUUGUAAGAGAGUCAAUAGUGCAAGUGCUCUGUUAGGAAGCACUCAAUUUCCAAACAUGGUUGGCAAAUUAGUGAAACCAGAAAUAUAUUAACCAACAAUUUC